UGCAGUGAUCUGCGCAUGGAGACCAUGGCGUUCGCUCGGACUGUCUGACGGGGUGUUGGACAGAUAACGCUGGAAGAGCCGGUCCACGCCCCUCAUCUCCGACUAGAACCUCGGCUCCCACGAACACCGAAAAUGGGUUCUCGGAUCAAGGAGAACCCGGAGUCGACCUUCGAUGUGUACGUGGAGGUGAUGCACCCAGGAAAAACAGGCUCCAAUCCUGAGGUGCGGAGGCAGUUCCCAGAGGACUUCACUGACCAGGAGACUCUUCAGACCAUCUCCAAGUUCUGCUUCCCCUUCAGCAUGGACAGCCUGACUGUGAACCAGGUGGGGCAGAACUUCACCUUUGUGCUGACGGACAUCGAGAGCAAGCAGAGGUUUGGCUUCUGUCGCCUGUCAUCUGGGAGCCAGAGCUGCUUCUGCAUCUUGAGCUAUCUCCCAUGGUUCGAGGUAUUCUACAAACUUCUCAACAUCCUUGCCGACUACACAAUCAAGAGCCAGGAGAGCCAGUGGAGGGAGCUGCUCGAGGCACUACACUCUCUACCCAUCCCUGAUCCCGGAGUGCCUGUUCAUCUCAGUGUGCAUACCUACUUUACCGUACCUGACCUCAGAGAGCUGCCCAGCAUCCCGGAGAAUAGAAACCUAACAGAGUAUUUUGUAGCGGUAGAUGUCAAUAACAUGCUCCAUCUGUACGCUAGUAUGCUUUACGAGCGUCGAAUCAUCAUCUGCUGUAGCAAGUUAAGCACUUUAACGGCGUGCGUUCACGGCUCGGCAGCCAUGUUGUACCCGAUGUACUGGCAGCACGUUUACAUUCCUGUCCUCCCCCCGCACCUGCUAGACUACUGCUGCGCCCCCAUGCCGUACCUUAUUGGAGUGCAUUCCAGCCUAAUGGAGAAGGUCAAGAGCAUGGCCCUGGAGGAUGUGGUUCUCCUGAACGUGGACACCAACACGCUCGAGACACCUUUUGAUGACCUCCAGAGCCUGCCCAAUGAUGUGGUGUCGUCCCUGAAGAGCCGCCUGAAGAAGGUGUCGACUACGACGGGAGACGGCGUGGCCCGGGCUUUCCUCAAAGCGCAGGCCGCCCUGUUCGGCAGCUAUCGGAGCGCGCUGCACAUCGAGUCGGAGGAGCCGAUAACAUUCAACGAGGAGGCCUUUGUGACACAUCGCUCCAGCACCAUGAGGCAGUUCCUGCAGAAUGCCAUCCAACUGCAGCUCUUCAAGCAGUUCAUAGAUGGCCGUUUGGAGCUCCUGAACUCUGGAGAGGGCUUCAGUGAUGUGUUCGAAGAGGAGCUCAACAUGGGGGAGUAUGCUGGCAGUGACAAGAACUACCAUCAGUGGCUUUCCACAGUGAAGAAGGGCAGUGGGGCCAUUUUGAACACAGUGAAAACCAAGGCCAAUCCAGCAAUGAAAACGGUCUACAAGUUUGCCAAAGAUCACGCCAAGAUGGGCAUCAAGGAGGUAAAGAGUCGACUAAAGCAGAAGGACCUGGCAGAGAACGGUUACGGCACCACAGCCGACGACCUGCAUACCCGGGCCGCAGGCUCGCCCUCCGUUGACAGGAAGGAGGUGCGGACGUGGGACGAGCGGCGGCCGAUCACGGUGCAUUUUGGCCAGCCCGAACGAGUGCCGCCCCCACGGCCCCCUCCUCCCAGACUCCAGCGGAGCACCCGGCCCGCUCGACCCCCCAGACCCCUGGUGGUAAAGAGGCCCAGGAGCAACGUGGCUCUGGACAGCUGCCGGCCGUCCGCCUCCACCCCUGAGCACUCCGUGCGACCUACGCGCCACUACACCGUCUUCCUGUCCGAGGACUCCUCUGGCGAUGAACUCCAGCAUGAAGAGGACUCUGUCUGUGGCUUCCCUGAAAACUUUCUCUUCUCUACCCCAUUUGAAUGGCCUCAGCCCUACCGCUCUUUGAAGGAGGCGGACGUAGCGGACAUGGAGGAUAUGCGGGUGACAGACCGCCGCCAGGGUCACACAGCACCCCCCAGCCCCGUGGCAGAGAAGCUCACAGAGGUGGACCUCCUUGGGGACAUCUUCAGCUGUGUAGAGGGGGAGACUGAGGACCAGCCUUUCAGCCUAGCCAAGAGUCUGGAGGACCUGAGGACAGCAAAUACCCCAGAGGAGUCAUCGGCAAAGUUCAGCUACCAGCGAAUGGACCUGGGCACAGCCGAGCACACCCGCACCCUUCCGGGCCUCAAGCAUAGUCACCCCUACAAUAAGCUGUGGAGCCUCGGCCAGGACGACAUGGCACUGCCCAGCAGGGCUACCCCGAGCUGGGAGAGGCCUCUUUCAGUGCCUCCAUCAGAACCCGCUGAGCAUCACGCUGCUAUCCACGAAAGAGGCGGGGCUAGCCAGGAUAAGGUAGACUCCUCUGUGGGCGGAGCCAGCCAUGCUAAUAUCACCAUCCCCCGCCCACACGGACGCAAGACCCCAGAGCCAGGAAAGGUCCUGGUGCCCCCCGUGCCUCUGCCCCGGGCACCUAAGCAUGUGACCGCAGACUCUGGGGUCACUCCCGGGAGACAGGAGUUUCGUCAGGCCCUGAACAUGUCCUCUGUCCCACAUACAAGCACAGAUAUCCUGAAGCCUGUAAAAGUGAGUAGUGAUAGCAUGGACCUUCUGAGUCUUCUGGACCCCCUCAGCAGCACCACGGGCCCCACGAGCGGACCCCAGGGUGCCCCCCAGACAGGCUCUGGUGAGUGCCAGGACUCCAAGGCCAGUGGCACGCCAACCCUCUCAUUUUCCCAUCAGGGGAUUUAUCCUCAGACCCUGCCGCCCAUCCCCCAGUCAUCCCUUAACCCAUUCACGCAGACCCCGCACUACGCGCCCCUGGGUCCCCCACACAGACACUACACUCCUUCUGUGGCUGUGAGCAAUCCCUUCUGUACCACCUACGUCCCUCCAGCAACAGGGUACUUCCAGCAGCAAGCUUUCAGUGUUCCGUCCAUGUUCGGACAGCCCCCCAGUGUGGCGCCCGGCUUCAUACAGGCUACUCCCAGCCCGGCCAAACCAGCCUGCUCCCCCGCCGCUUCCCCCAGCCUGCUGGAUUGUGCGCUGGCCCAGGCCCCCUGUUCGCGGGAGACCCCCCCGUCGUUGACAAAGCCACCCCAGGCUGGAGAUGACCUGCCGGAGCCUCAUGACCCCUUUGGGGAUCUCUUGGCCAUGCCAAAGCCCGCACCCCCCCCAAAGAGAAGAGUGGAGGACCUACGAAGGCAAUGGGAAACAUUCGACUAGCCUCACCUCUCUCCACCCCAUUUGGAACCCUCUCUGCUGACUGGUGGAUUUUGGAUGUGAGGAACUCAGAGUAAAGCACGGGCGUUUCUAUUUGACAGCCCCCCGACCCCACCCUGCCCACCCCCCGGUGGUUGUGCUACUGAGUUUGUGUUCAAGACACAUCUUUACACCCAUAUUCCUCUGGGAAGAAGACUGACACCACCGCUUCAGCACAUGCAAGCACACACACACGCAUACAUGCACGCACGCGUGCGCGGGCUUACGUACUUUACCGUAUUUAUGUGUGGAUGGACUCUUUUGCUGCCUUUAUUUGACGUUAGCUUCCGCUGGACUCGGUGUUGUCAUCGUCCGAGACGUCAUACGGUUUUCCGGGAGGAGGCUGGCCGCCUCUCGCCUGCGCUUGUGGGGGUCACCUCUGCUGCUUCAUUGCAGAGCUCAUAUCUAGAGUAUCCUGCGUACCGCCUUCUCUAGUACAACCGUCGCACUCCUGUAGAUUUCAGCUUGCGGAUUGAUGGCACGCUAUAAACAUGCAGUUUUUAUCUGGUAUCAGCAUAGGUGUUAACAGGUCGUUUGUCUUUAAUUUGUUGAAAAAAAAAAAAAGAGAGAGAGAGACUGCUUGUAUAUGUUGUUUUUUCCUCUCACUGGACUUCCUGCAGAACCAGAGUGAAAAGACAGAGGUUCUGUAUAUCUGAGUGAUGGACCAAACAUGUUUUGACUGAAGCAAGUGACCUUUUGGGUGUGUGUAUGGGUUCAGGAGGAGUGCUGAUCAAAAGACUGUACGUCAAUAUGCAAAGUUUUGGAGAGUUUUCAUGUGACUGCUGCGUCCUGUGUUUUUACCACAGCGUUUGGACAGCGUCUGGGUGCCGUUUGCUGGGGGACAUUCCCCCCGAACCCCUCUGAAUAUCCCACUAUCACGUUCUGCGCAAGAGCACAAGUACUGAUGAAUCCUCCAUACCGUCUGACUCCAUGCGCACUCUUCAGGCACCCACUACACUCCCCGAUUUUACACUCUGUGCCGUUUUACCAUUCACCGUUUUCUCAGCUUUUUUGGCCCUUCCUCAGUCUGACAUCCUAGAAGACAUUCUUCAUUCUUAUUGCUUUCCAGUCUGAGAGCAGUCGUGGGCUGCAUAGUGUAGACUUUGGGGUCGGGACCCAGCAGCCCAGUGUUUCUCUUGAGUUACGUGUGUGCAUGUCCUUCACCAUUUUGCUUUUCCUUCUUUUGGACUACCUGGAACAUCCUGGUUUGGAAGGCCACCAAAGAAAAUGUUGACCAACAGGGUGUUGACCCUACCUGGCUCAUCCACCUUGAAUGUCUGUAACGCAGUGUAUGUAUGCUGAUCAUGAGCACUGACACUGGAACAACAUGAACACUAAAGGAAUUCACUCAUCUUCAUGCUAAUAAACAGGUGUUUUAUUCAGUUCCUAUGUUCUUUUUUUUUUGUGAUAAUGAAAUCCAGCUUUCAACAGCAUCAGUGAGAAAUGGAAAUUAUAGGAAAAAUAGGAAUAGUACUAGUAAAUUACGAUUCAAAUGUAACAUAUCAGUAUUGCCUUACUACCAACAAAGUCAUCAUAGGAAGUCUUCUAUUGAGCCAAAAUGAUUUCUGAGAGCAGUGUCAGCUGUGAUAACACAUGCUGUCUUUCCCAGAGUGCCCUCUGUAAAUGUGAACUUUUUUUUUUUGCGGGGGGGGGGGGGUGUUAUAAAGCACUUUUUGAUAUUGUCUUUUUUUCCUCCUCCAUUAUGUCACAACUGAAGAGCACAAAUGUGUGAUCUGUUCUUGCAACCAUUCCCCGCUCAUGUUUGCUUGUGGUUCUCCACAUCCCGUUUCCUCUGAAUGCUCAGACGGGUCCUGGAGGGUUUUUUUAUUAAUUGCUGCUUCCGUUUUACAGUACGUCGCCUCAGUAACAUCUAACCAUUUAAGACUGCCUGGAAUACGGACCAUCUCUCAACAGAGUGUAAUUCCCAGACCAAAAUCAUCUCUAAUCCCUUACACUGUAUUUUCCAAUUUGACAAUUGAAAUCACACACUAUAGUAAUUGUUUUAUCACACUGUUUAUAUUGGAACUUUUUUGCUUCCCAGCUGUUGCCUUUAAAUCAUUUGAGUAUGUUUCCCCCUCAGUAUUUUGUUAAUGCUGCCCUUCCUCGCGUGUUUAUGUAAGGUUUUUGAUUUUGCAAUGAA